AUGACAUCCGAUAUUACCGCGAGUACACCAACGGGAAACGGUCGUCGAAUCCCAUUACUUGGUACCGAUUUGAUUUUUGGCGGUAUCGACAAUGUUUUUGUUUAUCCAUCACUUGACAUCAAUCAAUUAAAACAAGCUCUCUGUCAGACACUUUCACUAUGGCCGAUGCUCACCGGUCGACUUCUGAUCGAUGGCGAUGACUAUACGAUUGAAAUGUCCGAUCAAUCCAUUCCAUUUGUUUCAACUGAAAACGAUCAGCUUGAAUGUUGGCCAACUUUACCUGUCAUUGUCAAUGAUGCUGCCGUUAUACAACCGUUCAUCGAUUCAGUUGUAUGUAAACCAGAUGAACCUUUACUUCUUUUUUGUCAUAUGAUCGGUGAUGCUGCAGCCAAUAUCCAUUUUCUAAGCGAUUGGUCUCGACUUUAUCAACAUCUCGAACCGGAGUCGAUUCGUCCAAUAUUUGAACGUGAACGAAAUAUGUGGAAAAAGGAAAACGAUGAAUUUCAUCUAUCACCAUCAAUGAAAUUGAUUCGUAAUGGUGACAAACGUGAAUCUAUUCUAGCACGUCUUGUUCAAGAAUAUAGCGAAACCGAAUCGAUUAAUAUACCAUUUUCAUCCGCACAAUUGGCAAAACUACAAAGUCUUGUGAAUGAAAACAAUUCGAAGACAAUGUUGACCAGUCAAGAUGCAUUGAACGCUUACAUCAUUCGAACAUUAAACAAACAUAUACUUAACAAUGUCGAUGAUUAUAUUCGACGUGCGUAUAUUCUGAUCAAUUUUCGUGGUAUAUCCGAUCGAUUGGCACCAGCUGGUCGCGUAGCCAAUUCGCUCAUGCAAAUGUUAACCGACGAUUUUUCGGAUCCAUUAUCAUUGAAAGCGAUUGCACAAGCCAUUCGACAAACGAUACAAGAAACACGUCAUGAAAGCUUUUUAGAACAAUGGUUACCGACAGCCGAUCGGAUGAUGAACGAAAUUACGAAAGAAGGUCGUGUUAAUUUUGUUUGGGAUAAAAAUGAAGUUGUAUUCAAUUCGAAUUUCAAAUAUGAUUGGACAGAUCGAUUUGAUUUGGGCAUGAAUAAUCAAUGUCGAUUACAUACGUUGGGCACAUACAAAGCCUAUUUUCGAAUAUUUCGAUUGAAUCCGGUUCGUAAUGAAAAUGGCGAUUGGACAAAAGAUAUUGGCGGCGCCGAAGUGGCUUUUCGAAUUCCAAAAGACUGGAAAAAUAAAUUUUUAGAUGCUUGGAAAAAAGAUGUCGAAGAAAAUUUUGUGAAUAUAGAAUAA